UCUGGCCACAAGUUUCAAAACUUUCAAACAGGACAGACAGACAGAGAGACAGUGUGUCGGACGGCUUGAGUGACGGAGGGAAGAAGUGGAGAUUUGGACAAACCGCCGCACCACACACUCCAAACAAGAACUGUUGUGUUUUGAGAAAAAAAAAGAAAAAAGAGGCAGAGUCAUUGUGGAUCAUUUUCAGGGGGAAUAUCCUGCACCACAACUUGUUUGUUUUCUCUUUCUUCCACGUCCUUCCACCUCUUCUCAGAUCUCGAUGCUUUGCUCUGGGAUUUGUGCUCCAAAUCCAUCAAAUUCUUCUCUCGAUCCUUCUCCUCUUUGCCAUCUGAAACAUUUUGAGUUACAACUUUUGUCCAGAACUUUGCAGCCUGACAAACUGAGACAGACGUUUGCAGAAUUUCACUCGGACUAAAAGUUGAUUCCAAGGCCAGUUCUGGAAUGAAUUUAACUGAGCCGAGCUUGUCUAGAGAGACUCUUCUGCAUCCCAGCCGGGUGUCUCUUGGAGCCUGGACGUCGGGGACCCCAAGUCCUGCUUCUGAUUCAGAAAUGGGUUUUGAGCAGAGCCUCUCCGGGGACUGUAGUUCUCCCGAUGGCAUGAGGAGAGCCGAGCCGAGGAUUUCUCUGACACCCAGUUCUGGGGGACAGAGUCCGGAUCUGACCCAGGCAGGAGGUGUGUCGGCAGGCACGGGAGACGGGAAGGCUGUGGGGGCCGAGCAGAGGAUCCGCAGGCCCAUGAACGCCUUCAUGGUGUGGGCUAAAGAUGAGAGGAAGCGCCUGGCCCUGCAGAACCCUGACCUGCACAACGCUGUGCUCAGCAAGAUGCUCGGUCAGUCAUGGAAGGCCCUGAGUGCCACAGACAAGCGACCGUUUGUGGAGGAAGCAGAACGGCUCCGUGUCCAACACCUCCAGGAUCACCCGAACUACAAGUACAGGCCUCGUCGCAAAAAGACCACCAAGAAACUAAAGCGGGUUGAACCGGGCCUCCUGCUGCACACCUUGGCCCAAGGUGGGGCACCAGGCCUUGGUUUAGGACCUGCCAUCAGCCCCUUGGGCGCAGAAAGUGUCUCUGGAGGUUCUCCUUACGGACAUCCAGGCGCUCACCCUCCACACCACCAUCAUCCCCACCACCUGCUGCCGUCUCUGGGGCACUUCAGGGACCUCCAGGCCCCAGGACACCCAGAGCUUGAGACCUACGGCUUGCCAACUCCAGAGAUGUCCCCUCUCGAUAUUCUGGAAGAUGGAGCUGGGGAGUCAGUGUUUUUCCCUCAGCAUAUGCAGGAGGAGGCAGGGAUGGGAGGCUGGAGCGGGUACCCCCACCACCUUCAUCACCACAACCAGCAUUACAGCCACCACUACAACAACCACAGUCACCACAACUCCAUCCAUGGUCAAGGGUCAGGGAUGAGUGUUAGUGCCAAUUUAAACACUAGUAUGAAUUCCAGUCUGAGUCCUGGCAGAAGCUCCAGACUUGAUUCUCGAAUGAGCUCUGUUGAAUCCAACAUGACCUCUAGCAUGAGCUCUGUUACUGCAGUCAGCUCCAAGUUAAAUCCUGCUCUCGCCUCCAGUCACCAAGUCCCAUUGAGGAGUCCUGUCAAGUGCCCACCAUCUAUCCCUGAUUCCUCCUCCCCUGUUUCCUACCCCCAGCCUCCCAUCAGCCACCCUGAGUCAAUAAAAUGCCACCAAGCUCCCCUGAGCACUGCUCCUGUCACCUACUUCAGUCAAAUAUAUGGCAGCGGCGGCCCGAAUGCCACCCAUUUCGCUCCUUCCCAUCUGGGGCAGCUUUCACCUCCUCCUGAAACAUCCCCUUCUUCUUGCUCAACCUCCUCCAUCCCCCCUCCAUCAACCUUCCUUCCCCCUGUGCACUUAGACCACUCAAAUCCAGAAUCCUCUGGUCAUUUGGGGUCGUCUUCUGCUGAAUUUUGGUCUGAAGUGGACAGGCAUGAAUUUGACCAGUAUGUAAACAUUGGAAGGAAUCGAGAGGAGGCCUACGGACUGAUUGGGGGAUGUGGGGGUGGAUCAAAGGUCCUGGGUGGGCGCAGCAGCAGUAGUGUAGGUAGUAGUAAUAACAGCAUUGUUAACAGUGCCAUCAACAGAGAUGUCAGUGGUAUUUUGAGUGGUGUUGGUGGGUGUGAUGACGGGAGCAGCCCUCUCAUAUCUGCUCUUUCUGAUGCCAGCAGUGCCGUCUAUUACAGUGCCUGUAUUACUGGGUAAACCCUCCAUGAUCUCAUCUCCUGCAUGUGCCUCCUGUCAUUUGUGUUGGCCCAUUUCAACCAUUCUGACAUGACAGGAAGAAAGUAUGCUGGAAAAAAAGAAAUGUUUCGACUUACACUUUUAGUCAAGUCAUUGUCAUGUCUUAUUUAUCUCUCACAGACUGAAAUUUAAAGGUUUUUCUAAAUGCCAAAAAAGAAAUAUGCAGAGGUGUCGUUUCAUCAGACAUAUAUUGAAGUCAGAGACAAAUGUGCUAACUGGAACAAAAAUGACACUCUACAUUAACAAAUACAAUCUUGAUCACAAAAUCAAGCAGCUUUCCUUUACAGCUACAGGCUGUUGUUGCAGGUUGAGUUAGAUGUAUUAACCUGUAAACAAAGGCAACCUACUACUUCUUGUAGGAUUUAAGGGAUAAGUCUGUUAAAUUAUCAGUUCUUGUCCCCUUUGUAAACAGAGGUUUUAGCAACAGGGUUUUCUUUUUGAUGAGGAACUGCAAGAUUGGUGCUCAUUAUUAUCGUCUAUUAUUAUCUGUUGAUCCAAAUGAACACUAAAUCAAUAUCACUCUGCUUUAAUUUGGGAUGUGUUUAAUAACUACAGUGUUUUCUGCCUUAUCUCAGCCUUCAAAUGAGUAGAAUGCAGUUUUCAAUACAUAAUGAAGGACACUAGAUCUUGGAGUUAGCAUCACAGAUGCUAAAAAAAAUUCUUCAUCAGUCUUCAUCAAUAUCCGGAUGCAUUUAUGGCAUACACAUUGCAUGACCUACGUGAUUCAGAGACAUCAGCAAGUGCUCAUCCGUGUUGAAGUGCCUUUGAGCAAGACACUAACCUGUUACCUUGUUCUGGUAUAUCAGGAACGUCUGUGACAAAUUUUUAUCUCAGUAUUUUUGACAUUUCAUCUCAGGACCGGACAUGUAUUCAUCUCCACUGAACUUCAUGAAUUUUAAAGAAGUUCAUCUUGUUUGCUGAAUGUUAACGGCAAACUUGUGGGAUUCGCAGAAAGAAAAAGACUCAAUGGGAGAGACUUGUUCCAGCCUCCGCAUAUUCCCCAGCAGUGUUGUCGGGAAAACCUUGGCCACUAACCCAGAACACACCACUGAUGUCUCCCACAAACUAUCAGGAUGUUUUACAAGCCGAGUUGGGUUUUCUCUGACUGUGAUACAUGCCAUUCCCUCUGCGGCCCAGGCCAUGACAGGGCCUUGUGUCAAACUCCGUGCCAAAAUCUGCGGAUUUUAAGUCGCUUUGCUUCAUACCAAAUACUGAUAUGCUGACAAUUCAAAGAUCAUUCUUUUCAAACCGGCAACAUUCUCUGGAAUAACAAGCAUAUCACUUUUUGUUUUUUGUAUUUUCUUGUUUGCUUUGGUUGUCAAAAUUAGUUAUUAAAAAAAACAGGUUAUAAAUGUAGGUGCUUUUGGAACAAGUCUUGCAAGGAAGAGCAUGGAAAUAUUUUAAUUUAAAUGUAAAUUUCAAAAGUCAUCAGCUUUACUUGCAAGUUCUUGCAAAGCACACCUCACACUGCCAAAUAGUGUGCAGUUGUUAAUCUAACAUUCCUGGUGUUGUCAUUUUUGGAAACCUCGGUUUGAUGUAGCUGUUUACUGUAUAUAGAGAUGUUAUGCUUCUUGACAUUAUGUGAAGGAGAAACUGAGACUAUGAAAUGUUCUCUUUGCACUGGGUUUAAUGUCUUAGCUGUAUAGACGGAACACUACUUAUUGAAAACUAAAUGUCCAUAUCAUAAAAUAUGUCUUUGUACAGGAAAGACUGUGUUCAUGUUGUUUAAUGGAGUCUUAUUUUUCUUAGAGGAAAACUAUUUAGAAAAAUCACUCACUAAUGUGGUAAGCAUGGUGGAGGAGCAGGACUUCAAUAAGCAAAUAGCCUAGCUUAGCAUAAGUUCAAGAAUCAGAAUUAGACUUUAAAAAUUCAUCUACCAGCACUCUGAUACUAAAUUAACAGGCUGUAAUUAAUUUGUUUAAUAUACAAACAAACCAAACGCAUAAUGUGUUAUUAUGUUCUAUAUGUGUUUAUUAUUUGGGACAGAAGAGCUGGUAGGCAGUUUAUUUUUUAAACUUUGCACUGCUCUUGCUGCUUAGCGCGGCUAUUUGCCCCGAUUCGUCGCCAUACUUAAACCACAGGUAUAAAAAUGUUAAAUUAUUCCUUUGAAGAAAUGUAAACAUAUUGGAUCCGUGUGUUUCCACUAGUCUAUUUUGAAGUUCCUCCAAAAUGUUGUAUAUUAAAAAAUUGCCUUUAAAAGGAAAUCUAGAAUUAUAACGAUCUCUUGUAGAUCCCUAUGGGUCUCAUACAUUUUCUUCUAGCAGCCUAACAAAUGACUUUUAAUCCCACGCCAAUGUUGGAAAUUAAAAUCAAAAUUUGUGGUUUUGUUUGUGCUGAGAAGUCAACAAGUUGUAGCCACUGUAGAGGUCUCUCUGUAUGUGUUUAUGUAGCAUCCAUCCCGUAAUAGUUUUGUAUACAGUGGAGGCCGAAACCAGAAGUCUCUCUUCAAAGAUUUAGCCUACAUCUGCUCUUCAUUAGUUCUAAAGACAAUGCUUUUUUCUUUUUUUUCUUUUUUUGUACAUGAAACAGUAGAACAAAAUGGAGUAUCUUGUACAGUGAAACCAGUUAUAUUUGCCACACAGUUCCUUGUGACCACCACUGGUUGACAGCAGGGCAAUAGUACAUUUUUCCAAACAUUUCCUCUAGAGGAUGGAGUCACAGCGAAGCAGCAGUUCAUGUAAAGUAUUAAAAAAUACUUCUACAUCUGCAUUUCACAUUCUUUUCUGUUGACACCAGAGUCUUGUUUCCAUUUUAAUUUACUGUGACGCACAAAGACAUCAGAGAGACAGGCGUUUUUUUGGAGUCGUGCAAUAACUCUGGGGCUUUUGGUAAUAAUUAUCUGAAGAAAAAAAAAAAGAAACACCCAAGAUUUUGGGAUUAAAACAAAGGACAUUUUCUCAGCAGUCAUAUAACGACAAAUUAAAGCCAAGAUUUUCCCAGAAGUGUCACUGUGAUGCUUCUCAAUGUGUCUGACAGGGAUCGUUUUUACAUCUUCAAAGCAUAGAAAAUGUUUGUUUUUUUUGUGGUUGUAUAUUUGAAAAAUGUUUCUGUAAAUGGAUUCGUUCAAUUUUAUAAAAUAAUUUCACAAAAUAAACACUUCUAAGAUUGCA